AUGUCUUCCGAACACCUCAAUGGCAAAUCUCCGGUUUUGUUUGCUCAGACCGACUUGAGCAGAAUGGAUGCUUCUGCCAACACCCAAGCUGACACUUCUUUGCAAGCCAUUGGUCGCAUCUGCAAUGUUGUGGCUACCUGCUCCACUGCCCUUGCUGAUGCCAUUGAGCAGAAUCUACUCAAGGAAAGGAAGAAUCAAAUCGGGCAAACCAUUACAACAAUGGAAGGUAACCUGACUAUUCUCAUCUCAGUGCAUGGUCAUUUACUGCGUUCCAGCCUACCUUCUGCUGAGCAAGAAACCCGUCAAUCUCAUGUUGUGCCCAGGGAACUGCCCAUCUUUCAGUGGCAUGUAAACAAGUGGGACACCACUCAGAAGGUGUACUCCUCUAUUGAGGAAUGCCUUGACAAAUUUGAGAAUGUACUCCAUUUGUACAGUCUGGAUCUCAACGUGGACUGGCACCACCUCCUGCCCAUUGUUCUAUCAAGAGAGCAACACUUCUGGUAUGACAACUACCUUUGUAGUUCCCCUGAGCUCCCCUGGUCUUUUGCAUGUGAUGCAUUUAUUUGUGUCUAUAGCAUCAACGAUCUGGAAUGCCAGAUACAACUCACGCAUGAGCUGAUGCUUAUGAGAAUGAGAGCCAUAGAGUCUGUGACUGACAACAUGCAAACCACUAUAGCUUAUACUGCCACCCUCCUGCCAGAGUUGGCCCGUCAAGUCUCACUCCUGCAAGUAAACAUGCCCAGAGAAAAACGGGACACUAUCCACAAGAUGGCCUCUCUGGCUAGGUUAAUCUACAACACGGUGUCACACACACCUACUCACCCUUCUUCUGCUCACUCUUCUGGUUUUUCCUGCGAAACUACACCAAGCUGUGAAUGCUCCUCAAGCAAGAAGUGUUUACUUCAUGGCAAGAACAAUUAUGACACUGAGGAUUGCCACAUCCUCAAGACGGCUCUGGCAACCAAGGGAGGUAACCAGAUGGAGAAAACACCCCACAUCAACAAAUACUUCUUUGGGUUCUGUGUCUGGCUCUUCUUAGAGAUCUGCCCCCAUUUUGCCAUCUGUUCUGCACAUGCUGUUACUAGCGACAACACUCCCUUGGAGGCCAGCUCCUCUGAAGACGACCAGUUCAUGGUCAUAGACUUUGAACAGUGCUCCCCAUACACCGGGGCCACCAUCAGCUCUGUCAACACCAAGCUCUGUAGCAAGUUUGGGUGGUCAAUCAUUCCUUGCAAAGGGAAAAUCGUGUUGGCCACUAGUAACGCUAUUGCUCAUAGACUAGAAGUAACAAAACCAAUAAAAGUUUUUUAUAACAACAAACACAUUACACAUUCUUUUGAAGUUUUGGAUCUCGCUGAGAAUAUAGAUGUUAGUAUUGGUACAGAUUUAAUGCCAAGCCUUGGUAUUCAUUUACUGGGACUAGCAGAGAGUUGGUACGGUUCUAAUACACCUCAGACCCCUACACCCAUAGCUGAAAUAGAAAAGCCCAAUAAUUCACCAGCUCGUACACCCACUGAACAUUCUCAAUUCAUGAAGGCUCUACUACCCUUUAUUAAAGCAAAUGAAGACAUACCCAUCACUUUAUUUUGUAUAGUUAAGGAAUCUAUUGUACAACUACCAACGCCCCCAGAUGAGUUUGGUAAUCUCACAGGCAAGCGUCCUUGCUUAGAUCUCAGAGCCAUCAACACUCUGCUAUCUGAUGACAGAUUCCCUCUGCCACUCAUCUCUGAACUCUUUCACAGGUGUGGUAUUUCAGGUACAAAACAAUAG